AUGCGCAUCCCCGUCAAAGACACGGUGGUACGACUCGCCAUCAUCUCCAAGCUCCUAGUGCUGUCCUACAUCAUCGACUGGGUCUUCAUCAUGUACGUCCACCAAAAACACCAAUUCAUUAGCUUCAAACUAAACCAAUGCAGCGGCAUCGCCCUAAUCGGCUACGGCUUCUACAAACAAACCCCAAACCACCAUCCCUUCAGCCUCGCAGAUCCGACAAUCAGCUUCCCACAUACCAAAGAAACCGUCACAGCUAAAACCCUUAUCCUAGUCUGCCUUUUCGCACCAGCCAUACUAGUCUUCCUAGGCGCGUGGCUCCUCAUCCCAGCAACCGUCACCACCUCUCCCACGAUCCCCAAGCCCCACGCAGCGCAAUACAUUCGCCGCAAGUUCUGGGAAUGGCAUGUAGGAUGGAUGGGACUGGCACUGGCACUGGCCAGCGCAUGGACCGCAACACAAGGAUUGAAGGUAUUAGUGGGUAAACCGCGCCCUGAUCUACUCGCACGCUGUGAUCCGGAUAUAGCACGCGUGGCGGAGUUCACCGUUGGCGGACUGGGGGAUCGAGUGCGUGGAGCGGCGACGCUGGUUUCAUGGGAGAUUUGUCGGUCGACUUCGGAUUCGUUGCGAAUUGAUGGAUUUGCGAGUUUUCCUAGUGGACAUGCUUCUUUCUCCUUCGCCGGUCUUGCUUAUCUGACCUUGUGGUUCUGCGCCAAAUUCUCCGUCGGGUUCCCGUAUCUACCGCACUACCCUGUCGAAGGCCAGACCUACACGGAUGACGGCUCAUCGGUGCGGAAACGAGGCGCCGCACCCCCGGUGUACUUGAUGUUGAUUGCGUUCGUGCCGACCGCGACUGCGUGCUUCAUUGCUGCGUCGCGCUGGUUCGAUUACCGCCAUCAUGGAUUCGACGUGCUUUUUGGGUCAGCGGUCGGCAUCUUCUUCGCUUAUAUCGGCUUCAACAUGUACCAUCUCCCGAUCCGGCGCGGUGCAGGCUGGGCUUGGGGUGCGCGCAGCCGGCGCCGUGCAUUUAUGCGUGGUGUUGGGUUCCCUAGCUCGCUUGGGACAGAUGGCUGGGCACUUGAUACGCAGAAGGGCGUGGAUGUGGAGAAUGCGCCUGUCAUGCCCGGGGCACCAUUCGGAGGUCAUGUAAAGCCGGAAAGAAGUGAAGGGAAUGGUGUUAGAUAUGAGUGA